UUCCCGUGGUGCAGCCAGAGCGAGUGGAGAAGGCUCGUCCACGUCAUCAAGAGCCUCUUGGACAGAGAGGUCCUCUAUGUGCCUUACUCUCUAGAAUACGUUCAGCACCUGCCUUUGCUGAACUUCCAGCCUUUUGCCUAUCACCUCCAGUUCUCGGUGCUUCUCUUGCGGGGCUUUCAGUUCCUGUGCAGUUCGAGUGGCGCCACGUGGCUGCCCGGGGAGGCGUGGAAACACGUGGCGAGGCUCUACUGCCUCAGCCUCUCAGAUUUGCUGGGCUCCGUCAAGGGCGUUGCCCGUUGCCAGUGGCACCCCACGGAGGAGAAGAACAUGACGCGGGAAUUGUCCUUUGUUUACAUCCAGAUGUUUUGCCACACGCUUCACGUGGCAGCCAUGUUGCCGGAGAGUACCGGGGAGCCGCUCCUGCUCCUCUCCCUGGAGAUCCUCUCCCAGUAC